GGGAAGUGUUUGGAAAAUUACAUCUCGUCUCUGUUGAGAUGAAACCUGAACCCUAUCAUCUAACGGUUCCUGGAGGAGAGGACAGGAGGAGGAAGGGGGAUCUCGCUCGCUCUCUGUUUCUUUGCUCCGGGUUCCUGGUUGGAUAAUUUGGGUUAAUGGUAGUGAGUGAGGCUUUUGCUGCUUCAAAGGGUAUUUCAAGUUGCCGGAGCUCCUCCCCUCUGCACCGUGUGACAACAACAACUCGCCCGGAGAGCUAGAGAGCGAGCGAGCAGCGAGCAGCAGCAGCCAGCACUUUCCAGCUCAUUUUCUCUCUGUCAUUCCCCUCUCAAUCUUUGCUCCAUGUACUUGCCAGAGAGAACCGAAGUCCUUCAAACCUCCCCCUUUUCACCUUCGUCUUUAACUUGGUGCUAGAGCAAGGACCACAAAACAAACAACCCUCCCCCCCCCCGUCCCCUCAACCCCAACCCUGCCGCCCGCAGCGGGCUUCUCCUCAGUCCCCACUUGCGGGACACUUUGUGCGUCUCUCUCUCUCUCACGCUUCCCCCCUUCUCGGCGGCAGCCGGUUUGGGGUCCCCCCCCAUUGUGCCCCCUCCCCUCUUUUUUGUCCGUGCGGCAACUUUUUCUCCUCUCCCCCCCCCUCCUUCGUAUAUGUGACCAUGGCCGCACCGGCUGCUUUGAUCCCUCCGACCCAGCUGGUCCCCCCUCCACCUCCGAUCUCAACUUCUGCCGCCUGCACCACCACCACCACCACCACCACCUCGUCGGCCACCUCGUCUCCGUCUCCUUCCAUCGCUCCCCCGCCAGCCUCUUCGGGGACGAACCUGUUCCGGCCGGAGCCCAUCGCCGCCGCGGCGGCGGCCACCGUCACCUCCACCACCACCAGCAGCGGCGGCGGCGGCGGCGGCACCGGCAACACUUGCAGCCCCAGCCUGGGCACCAGCACCAGCGCAGGCGGCGGCACCUCCACCCCCAGCGCCAGCACCGCCAGCAGCAGCAGCCUGCCGGGCAAGCCGGUGUACUCGACCCCGUCCCCGGUGGAGAACACCCCCCAGAAUAAUGAGUGCAAGAUGGUGGAUCUGAGGGGGGCCAAGGUGGCCUCUUUCACCGUGGAGGGCUGCGAGCUCAUCUGCCUGCCCCAGGCUUUCGACCUCUUCCUGAAGCACUUGGUCGGGGGCUUGCACACCGUCUACACCAAGCUGAAGCGGCUGGAGAUCACGCCCGUGGUGUGCAACGUGGAGCAGGUCCGGAUCCUGAGGGGGCUGGGGGCUAUCCAGCCCGGCGUGAACCGCUGCAAACUCAUCUCCAGGAAGGAUUUCGAGACCCUCUACAACGACUGCACCAACGCAAGUUCUAGACCUGGAAGGCCUCCUAAGAGGACUCAAAGUGUCACCUCCCCAGAGAAUUCUCAUAUCAUGCCACACUCUGUCCCAGGUCUAAUGUCUCCUGGAAUCAUCCCGCCAACAGGUUUGGGAUGUCUGCUUGCCAGCACAGUGGGCUGUUCUCCUGAGCAUCUUGCUAGAGAAGGUCUGACAGCAGCAGCUGCAGCAGCAGCAGCUGCUACCAAUGCAGCCAUAGCAGAAGCAAUGAAAGUGAAAAAAAUCAAAUUAGAAGCUAUGUCCAACUAUCAUGCCAGUAAUAACCAACAUGGAACAGAGUCUGAGAAUGGAGAUCUGAAUUCAAGUGUCGGCAGCAGUGAUGGUUCUUGGGAUAAAGAAAAACUUCAGUCUCCCCUCACCCAAGGAUCACAGGCCUCUGUUAACCACCCCAGCUUGCCUGGACAGCAUAACCUUCCAGUUAGCCAUCCUCUCAACCCUCUUCAACAGAAUCACCUUCUGCCAAAUGGCCUGGAACUUCCUUUUAUGAUGAUGCCCCACCCAUUAAUUCCUGUCAGCCUACCUCCUGCAUCUGUCACAAUGGCCAUGAGUCAGAUGAACCACCUUAGUACCAUUGCAAAUAUGGCAGCAGCAGCACAAGUACAGAGUCCCCCAUCCAGAGUCGAGACAUCUGUUAUUAAGGAACGUGUUCCAGACAGCCCUUCUCCUGCUCCUUCCCUUGAAGAAGGUCGAAGACCUGGCAGCCAUCCAUCAUCUCAUCGAAGCAGCAGUGUGUCCAGCUCACCUGCACGGACUGAGAGCUCGUCAGACAGAAUCCCAGCUGUACAUCAGAAUGGGCUAUCCAUGAAUCAGAUGCUGAUGGGUUUAUCACCUAAUGUCCUACCUGGCCCAAAAGAAGGUGAUCUGGCUGGUCAUGAGGUUGGACAUGAGACUAAAAGAAUACAUAUUGAGAAAGAUGAGACCCCGCUCUCCACACCAACUGCAAGAGACAGCCUUGACAAACUUUCUCUAACUGGGCAUGGGCAACCACUACCUCCGGGUUUUCCAUCUCCUUUUCUGUUCCCUGAUGGAUUGUCCUCCAUAGAGACCCUUCUGACUAACAUCCAGGGCCUAUUAAAGGUUGCCAUAGACAAUGCCAGAGCUCAAGAGAAACAGGUCCAGAUGGAAAAGACGGAGCUGAAGAUGGAAUUAUUCAGGGAACGAGAACUGAGGGAAACUCUUGAAAAACAGCUGGCUGUGGAACAGAAGAACAGAGCAAUAAUUCAGAAAAGGUUAAAGAAAGAAAAGAAGGCAAAGAGGAAAUUGCAGGAAGCGCUUGAAUUUGAGACUAAGCGGCGGGAACAAGCAGAACAAACAUUGAAACAGGCAACUUCAACAGACAGUCUCAGGGCCCUAAAUGACUCUCUGACCCCAGAGAUAGAAGCUGACCGCAGCGGGGGCAGAACAGAUGCUGAAAGGACAAUACAAGAUGGAAGACUUUAUUUGAAAACUACAGUCAUGUACUGAAUUUUUCCUGCAGAAGCAAUUUGUGCUACGGUAAAGAACUUUGCAGAAAGACAUUCACUAUUUGGAAGUUCUACAAAAACAAAGUGUUUUCAAGGCGACUUCCUUAACUUUGUAUAUCAAUGUUCUUCAAAAGUUUAAAGCAUUCUGCAAGAGUGUUCUCCAUUGGUUAUCACCUGUGGCUCAAGCCAGAGACCUAGAGAAUGUUUGUAAAUGUACAAGUUUCACUCUUCUUACAGUCAAAAACUGCAGCUUUGCUAUUGGACCCUUGUAUACAAAGUUACAGACCAAUCAGAACAAGGCCUAGCAUUCCCUUUUUAAUGGAAUGAAAACUCUGUCCUCCUCUGAUGAUUCUGUAUUUGAGCACAUCAAACAAUCCUUCCAGCAGUAUCCACCUACACUUACAGACUGUUUUGUCAUAUCUAAACCAGCAAGUCAGCUCAGAAGUAAACUUGUAUGGGGGCAUAAGAGGAUUCCGACAAAAAAAGGAAAAGGAAAAAAAACCUGUUAUAUUCAAUUUUCAAACUCUGUGAACAUGGGUUUUCUUCUAAAGACUUUUUUUCCACAUGCUUUCCAGGAGACCAACACAUGGAUGCUAGACUACAUGAAAGUAAAAUGAAAUUUUGUCUAAGAGAAAAGAAAUGCUGAAUGUAAGCAAAACUGUUUCACUGUUCUCUUUUCCUAAAAUAAACAUAAAAAAAAAUAAAACGAGUAAUAAUUUCUCAUUCUAAACUGGCAGGGGUUUAUGGGAAAAAAAGACUUUGCUUCUUAUUCUAACUGUUGGUCACGUGUACAGUAUAUAAACACAAACCACACCAGGAAGGUAUUAUGUAUGCAGUAGAAUACUAGCGUUUAGGAAAAUGAACAUUUUAGGUAAUGUUUUGUCAUCCUGUUUGUCAGAAAGACGCCUUUCUAGUUUUAACGCAUGCAGGCAUGUAAAUAUUUGUCCUGGAGUCACAGUAUUAAUGAAUGAGAUCUUAAGCAUCUGGUAAUGAAUCAGAAUUCUGUAUUAGCCACUUUUAUUUGUAUAUUGAUCCCUGGUUAGUGCCCUGAAACAGCACUUUUAAGAAUGGACUGUGGCUGAGCAGCAAGUCAAAAUGCCAGAAAUAUUUUUAUAUGUUAAUGUCAUAUUACGUCAAUGUUGCUAAAAAGAAAACCUAACAAACACUUGAUGUAUCAGUCCAAUACCACGUAGAGCUGAGUAAUACAGUUGAAGUCUAUUGUUCUUCCCUCACCUUAUCUUAGGGAAGGGUGGUUAUGUGUUAUUUUCACUGUCUUUAUGAAAGCUACAAUGUGUUUUCACCUUUGUGCUGAUAACUGGAAGUAAGCUGCAACACACUGCUUAUUACAUACUUACAUUACGUUCCUUGCUUUGCAUAAUUUUAAGUUACCCCUUUAAAGACUGAUUUUGUGAAUCAGCAUUGUUACUGUAAGUUUUGUGAUUAUGCUUUCUUCAUCCGUAAUGUUGUAUGCAUAUAAAAUGUUAUUUAUUACAUGGAAACAUAUCAGAAACUUAAAUGUCUAAGAUGCCUAACUUAAGAAAAUUCUCCUUUACAAAAUAGUUCUGAUUGGAUAUUAUUUUAUCAAAGUAAAAAAAAAUCUAAAGAUUUGUAAACUCUGGCUCUGCGCUUCUAUGGUUUGUAGGUCUUUCCUUGCCAUGCUAAUACACACGUGUUUAGGCCACCACAAUCCUUUUCUAACAAUAGAAAAGUUGUAUAUACAAGUUCACAUCAUGAUAAUUUUUUUAAAGAAAUAUCGAGCAAUAUUUUUCAUUAAAUAUUGUUACCAAAUACUUUAUAGCAACAUUGUUUUUUAAUCAUGAUUCUUUCAUAGUUGCUUGAACACUUCAGAGAUUCUGUACACCAGUUUUUUCAUAUGCAGUCUUUAAAGGGUUAACAGACGUAAAUUUUGAUGAACUGUGGCAAGCUUUAGAAUCAUUCAUUUCUGAAAGAGAAUUAAAGCCUACAACUGAAAUAUGUAGUAGCAUCUGCCAUUGCUUUGCUCCUUGCAUAGAGUCACCUGUAAGUCGGUUUAAUAGUUUUACAGUAUAUACUUUCAAGAUCUUUAGGAAUGCCUCAGUGUUUGGCUUGGUACAUAAAUGGAAAUGUUAAGGAUUAAGGGGGAAACAAUUUAUAAGAUGGAUAUUAAGAGCUUAAUAAAAUGGUGUAAAUAUUACAAUUCAUGAAAUGUUACUGUCAGUUGAACUUUUGCCCCUCUUCAGUUACACAAGUUUUGGGUUGCUGGGUUUUUUCUUUGUUUGUUUUGUUUUUUCUUUGUUUGUUUGUUUUUGCAUAGAUUAUGAUGAAAAAGUGUGCUCAUGGUAUUGUUUAUAUGCUUUUGAAAUCUUAAAGAUAUUAAUGUCUAGUUGUUCUAUAUUAUAACCACAUUUGCGCUCUAUGCAAGCCCUUGGAACAGAACAUUCUCAUCUUCAUGUAGGACCUAUGAAAAUUGUCUAUUUUUAUCUAUAUAUUUAAAGUUUUCUAAAAAUGAUAAAAGGUUAUUACGAAUUUUGUUGUACAAAAUCUGUACAAAAAUCUGUUUUUACAUCAUAAUGCAAGAAUUGGAAAUUUUUCUAUGGUAGCCUAGUUAUUUGAGCCUGGUUUCAAUGUGAGAACCACGUUUACUGUUAUUGUAUUUAAUUUUCUUUUUCUUUUCAACAAUCUGCUAAUAAAACUGUCUGAAAUCUC